AUGUCCAUCGCUACUACGGUGCCCACGAAAGGAGACGUUUCGAACGAUAUUGCUACUCCCCCGAGUGGAAUUGGAUUAUCUGAUCCCGUCUUGUCAUCUGGGCGACGAAAGAUGCUGGAUCUUAUAAACCGUCUCCACAGCAUUGGGUACAGUCGUUGUGUCCAGCGGGAUAUCGACUUGCCUAUGAUCGCCGUUAUCGGUUCGCAGAGCGUCGGCAAGUCCUCGCUCAUCGAAUCGAUCUCUGGCAUCACUCUGCCCAGGGCGAACGGCAUCUGCACUAGAUGCCCGAUAGAGUGCAAGCUUUCAUAUUCCGCUGAGCCAUGGCGAUGCAUUGUAUCUCUACGUUUCAUCACCGAUGAGCUUGGCCAGCCCCUUGGUCAAGCUCGAAACGAGCAAUUUGGCGAUCCCAUUUAUGACAAGGCUCAGGUCGAGGAGAGAAUCAGGCGUGCACAGCGUGCUGUCUUGAAUCCUAGCAUGGACGCCAAAACGUUCUCACUGGGUUUUUGCAAUGGCCCACAACAUGGUGAACUGUCUUUCUCAAUGAACUGCGUAUCACUGCAGAUCAGCGGCCACGACGUCGCCGAUCUGUCGUUCUGCGACCUCCCAGGACUCAUUUCCAGUGUUGGAAAGGGCAGCAGUGUGACAGAUAUAGCCCUGGUGAAGAAUCUGGUCACUACAUACAUAUCGAAACAGAGCUGCAUAAUCCUUCUGACUGUCGCAUGCGAAAUGGACUUCGAGAAACAAGAUGCUCACCACUUGGCGAAGAUACACGACCCGGAUGGCAGGCGUAUCAUCGGGGUUUUAACAAAGCCCGACGGGAUUCCUCUUGGCGAGGAAGGCCGAUGGAUGCGAUUCAUCAAGAAUGAGUACGAGGUUCUAGACAAUGGUUGGUUUACCGUGAAACAGCCGGAUUCGCGGGCUCUCACCAAUGGCGUCACCUGGGCUGAGGCGCGUCAGCAAGAACGCGACUAUUUCCUAACCACCCAACCUUGGUCUGACCUGGACACCGAGUAUCUGCAACGUCUAGGCACGAGUAACUUGACAGACUGCCUGAGCACUAUUCUUUCCGAUCUCAUUGCGAAGCGACUCCCAGAAUUGCAGCAUGAGCUGCAGAGGCUUUUGCAAAAUACCGAGGAUGCCUUGCGCCAACUACCAAGCCCACCUUCGAAUGACUCGCUUGCGGAAGUCCUGCGCCUGAUAUCUGACUUUGCGCGCGAACUCUCUCUGCAUAUGCGAGGCAUAGCAACCGCUCCGGAUUUCAGACCAUACGAAAGCUCUGGGGACACCGAUCAAUCAGCAGUCUCCGUUCUGAACAGCAAACCGGGAUCGCGGACGCCUUACCUCCAACCUGACUUUCUAUCAAAUGAGGAGCCCAACGAGGGGCCACCGAGCGACGCUAAGAACGCAAUAUACAUCGAUCAGGUGAUGCAUCGCGCCCAACAAGCCAUCACGAGAGAGCUGCCUGACCAUUACCCGUUCGUUGUCUCAUUAGAACAUAUCAAUGCCGUCACCGCGAAAUGGAACAUGCCGACGAGGAACCUCUUUGAUUCCCACUUCAGCAAGUUCUCGCAGGGCGGUCUGCAGCAGCACGUCACCGAUGUCGUGAAUGACCACAUUAAGAAAUGUUGCGAAUGUACGAUUGACAAGAUUAUGUGGUUGCUCGCACUGGAACAGCAGCCCGCCACGCUGAACGGGCGUUAUUACUCGGAUUAUAGAGACAAAUUUCUCGCCCACUACAGAGAAUACCGCGAGAUAGACAGUAAUGGGCCUCUCGUUUCCAAACUACAGGCAUACAAAGAAAAUAAUAAAGAGAGCCCAAGUGACACAACAAGUUUUACGAAUGACACGCAUUUGAUGCUGCUUCCACCUGACCCUUAUGACCCGGCGCUGAACAUCAUGGCGUCCGUGCACGCCUACUUUCAGGUGGCAUACAAGCGCUUCGUGGACUACGUCCCGAUGGCAAUCGAUCACGAGCUCGUCCUCGGAUUGGAUCGUGACGGCCGACUAGAAAGCAUUUUGCUCAAAGAGCUCGGCAUCACGGGUCCAGAGGGCACGCGACGGUGCAAAGAAUACCUGCAAGAACCACAUAGCGUCGUGAUGCGCAGGCAGGAGCUACGAAAGCGGUGGGAACGGCUCAAUUCGGCGAAUAAAGAGUUGGUGGAGCUUUGGCUGUGA